GCCCGAAAAAAAUCUUGACCCCACCAUCUCGACUGCAAGCUUGAACUUUUUUUGUGCCAUUCGCAACGUUCAGCAACCGCAGAUAAAUUCCAGAAAAAUGCCUGUCGAUUACGAUUCGGACUCUUCCGAUGGCGAAUACGAGUCUACAAAUGUCCUUCUUGGUUACGCCUCCAAAGAAGCCGGUGACGACACUAUCAGUCACCUUGGUGGUCAUCCCGAAUGGCUUGAACCUGAGAGCGCAGCAUCUGUAGCUUUGGCUAAGUGCAAGGUUUGCAAAGAUGUUAUGACCCUGCUUCUGCAGCUCAACGGCGAACUGCCCGACCGAUUCCCAAACCACGACCGCCGUAUCUACGUCUUUGCUUGUCGUAGAAACACAUGUCGACGACAAGAGGGAAGCAUCAGAGCCAUCCGCGGUGUACGUCGGUGGAAGGAAGACGAAAUUAUGGCUGACAAGGAGGAGGAACCAGUUGUAGAAGAGCCAAAGAAGGAAGAGCCCAAGCCCAACCUUGGUAACGCCUUGUUUGGCAGCUCAGCUUUCGGCACGUCCUCUUCUGCAAACCCCUUCUCUACAGGAGCAAACCCAUUUAGCACAUCAUCCAACUCUACACCAGCGAACCCAUUCGCUAAGCCGACUGCUGCUUCAACUCCUGCUCCCGCGCCCGCCACCACAACUUCUUCAGACUCUACGACCGCCGCCCUCGCCAAGUCUUUUGCUGAGACUGUCGCUAUCAACGUCCCUGCUGCUAAACCUCCUCCUCCCCCCGAGCCUUGGCCUGCGGCAUCGAAGCUUCCCCAGGCUUACCCCACACUCUACCUUGCCGAUGCCGACUACGAAACGCUCGAGCCAGAGGCUACCGAGAUGCCUGCCAACGUGCGUAUAGAGGAGGGCGACGCCCCCGAGCCUUCUAUUCUGGACCGAGAGGCCUUUGAGUCUAGCAUGGAUGCUACUUUCCAGAAGUUUGCCGACAGAGUAUCCCAGAACCCCGAGCAAGUGAUCCGCUAUGAAUUUGGUGGUACACCCCUCAUCUACUCCAAGGUGGACAAGGUUGGAGGAAUCCUAGCCAAAGGUGUCCUCCCUCCCUGCCCUAACUGCAGAGGCAAGCGUACCUUUGAGGUUCAGAUGACACCGAAUGCUAUUGCAGAGCUAGAGGCAGACGACAUGAGCCUGGAGGGAAUGGAAUGGGGAACCAUCAUUGUUGGUGUUUGCGAGGCGGACUGUCUGCCAGUUGGACAGGGAACAGGAGAGGCUGGCUAUCUCGAAGAAUGGGCUGGCGUGCAGUGGGAGGAGCUGGCUAAGAACAAUUAGGCUUAUGGCCGCGGUUAUGCAUAAAAGUUGUUGAUUUUGGGGGAGUUUUUAACGAACAAAAGCGUAUGCAUCAUGAAGACUAUUUGGUUUAUAGAGAACAAGAGAUAUAACUUUUUAAAACAGUCGUUGAGUUCUAUUGCAUCAUCUUUCUAGAUUGAAUGUAUGAGACUUUUUCAACUUUUUUGUAUUAUAUUUGAUCAUGCCAUGAAAAUGUCCUUUUGAACGCCAGAUGGUGUUGGACCAACCCCCAGAUAAUCAACGUAAAAUAUCCAUUUGCAUUUCCUUCACAUCAAUUCGUUGCGUUGCCUUUAUAUACCAAGGCCCUAUGCGGUCUGCUUUCCCAUUCCCUUUUAAAAAAAAAAAUCAAAUCAGUUGCUUUACUAUUUUUGUGACACGAAGUCUCCUUAUAAGGUGUCCUCCCACGAGCGACGGAUGAUUCUAGAGAACUGCUCAACAUUGACAUCUUCUCUGAUCUCAGCCUUGAGAGCCUCGUUCUCGGUGUUGGAGGGAAUCUUGAUGGUGCCGUCAGCCUCAGGGGUCCAGCCAGGGACCUCGGCGAGGAACUUCUUGGUCUUGUCGGCGUUGAGGCCGAGCCAGGCCUCGAGGUGGGAGACGUUGACCUCACGGAAAGCGUGGGAGAUGAGCUGAGUGAUGCGGGUGCGGACCAUAUCCUCAAAGCCAGUGAUAUCGGCAAUAAGAUCGGCGCACAGGUCAUCGCCGUUCAGGUCAGCCCAGAAGUCGGCGUACUGGGCACCCUCGAGCUGCGAGUUGAGGGAGCGCAGCUUUGUCAGAGCCUCGUUGAGCUCGCCAAUCGCGGCGGUUGUGGGGUUGACAAGGUGAAGGGCGAGGGAGAAUUGGGCCGAGGGGAACUGGGUCAUGGCCUUGACCAGGAUGUUGGUGACGACUUCAUCCUUGAGGCGGUCGGGGUUGAGCUGGUACCUGUAAAGCGGAAGCAAGAUUAGCAGCUGUUCUAGCUAUAUUUGUGCUUGUUCUGAACAAUAAUAGUGCAAAAAGAACUAGAGGCAGCAGGAUAUUUUCAGUCUCCACAAAGUUGACGUCAAAGAGAGCGGGUUGAUGAUCCCUCUCCCUCGGUGUAAUAGGAAACGUUAACAAUAGUCAUCUUUAAACAUCCUGUAUCGGAAAGCUAGCAAGCAAGCGUAGUUUCCCGGCUGCCUCUGUAGUUAAUGUAGUCUGCGACUGCGCCUAUAUACGAAGACACAGAGGCAUAAAGCAAAGAAGAAACUCACAGCUUCAACAGAGUGCGGUUAGCGUUGCAGUCGCAUGUCUUUUGCUCGCACUGCUCGGUGAGGUAGUUCUCGAGCGUGGCAACAGCCUCGGGGUUGUAACGCUCGAGGCCGUUGAUAAUGGUGCUGAUGUGCUCGGGGCGCUCGGCCGGAUCUUCGCCGUUCAUCUUGGGCUGUGGUUUGGUGAUGUUGACAACGUCCGGAUCAUGAUGGUGGGGCAGCGAAG